AUGCCCCGACAACUACCGUGGCUGAGCACAGGUGGCGGAAGCAAGACCAAACUCAAGCAACCACCCAGGGCGCGGACCAAUAGGACAGCUCUAUCGGAUGUCGAAGAUGACUUCUUCGACGGUACUGUGCUGGCGAGCUCAAGUAAAGGCAAAGGAAAGGCUGCGCUAGACGAUAAAGACUCUGAGGACGAUCUACCCGAUUUACCCACUGGACGAUCUACAGUGCGCAACAGAUCAGGCACAAAGGACGCAUCAAAUAAGGAGCGUGCACCUUCAUCAUCACCUCCACCCAUCGCCGACCAUAUCCAGCCACAAAUCGAGUACAUGCGCAAAGCCACGUCUAAAUUCGACUUACGCGAUGACGAAUGGAUGAUGGUAGAAGACGAGUUCCUCGAGACUGCAAAACUCUUCACGCGCCAUCUGCACAUUGCAGAGUACGAGAAGCUCAAGAAGAGCAUCGAAGCGAAGAAGAAAGAGCAGGUGCAGGCACCGAGGCCUGUUGUAGCGGGUGCGAAGCUAUCAGCUGAAGGACAGACAAAGAAGAAAGCUGAAACGCAGGCGAAGAGACAGCACAAAGCUAUUCGAGAUGUGUUUGCUUCCCAAGAUGAUGAAAAUGAGGAUGCUGAGACGAAAGCGAGUGAUACAUGGAGCUCGGGGCUGAGCAAGGAGACUGCAGAACGUCUUGCGAAGAGGAAGGCUGAGCGGGAAAAGGAGAGGGAGAGUGAGAAGAAGAGCGUCAAGUUGGAGGAUAUUCCGACGUUUUUGGUUUGA